GGAAAUCCCAUUUGCAGUAUCGUGCGGCUGCGCCAGCAUCUUCAAGGUCCUAGAGCCAACCUAGCUCCAUGCAUAAAAACAGAAAACAAGCUUUAUCCAUUGGGACCAAGUUUGAGCACCUGUUGCGUGACACUGUGAAUAAAAUAAAUGAAGCAAUGUUGUCUCUGUACAACAAUGUGAGCCUGCUGCAGGUAAUUUAACGGAUUACUAACCCCAAAACUCAAUUAGUAGUCUUCCCAAACCAGAAACCGUGGAUUGAUGGCAGCAUUUGCGUGAAACUGAAAGUGCGAACCACUGCUUUUAAUCAGGGCAAGGUGACUGGAAACAUAUGUGGCAGGUAUGUGGCAGGGUCUACAGUCAAUCACGGAUUACAUAAAGAAAACCAGCACCGUCACGGACCAGGAUGUCUUGCUCCCAGGCAGACUAAAUAACUUUUUUGCCCGCUUUGAGGACAAUACAGUGCCACUGACACGGCCCGCAACGAAAACAUGCGGACUCUCCUUCACUGCAGCCGACGUGAGGAAAACAUUUAAACGUGUCAACCCUCGCAAGGCUGCAGGCCCAGACGGCAUCCCCAGCCGCGCCCUCAGAGCAUGCGCAGACCAGCUGUCUGGUGUGUUUACGGACAUAUUCAAUCAAUCCCUAUCCCAGUCUGUUGUUCCCACAUGCUUCAAGAGGGCCACCAUUGUUCCUGUUCCCAAGAAAGCUAAGGUAACUGAGCUAAACGACUACCGCCCCGUAGCACUCACUUCCGACAUCAUGAAGUGCUUUGAGGGACUAGUCAAGGACCAUAUCACCUCCACCCCACCUGACACCCUAGACCCACUCCAAUUUGCUUACCGCCCAAAUAGGUCCACAGACGAUGCAAUCUCAACCACACUGCACACUGCCCUAACCCAUCUGGACAAGAGGAAUACCUAUGUGAGAAUGCUGUUCAUCAUCUACAGCUCGGCAUUUAACACCAUAGUGCCCUCCAAGCUCGUCAUCAAGCUCGAGACCCUGGGUCCCGACCCCGCCCUGUGCAACUGGGUACUGGACUUCCUGACGGGUCGCCCCCAGGUGGUGAGGGUAGGCAAACAACAUCUCCACCCCGCUGAUCCUCAACACUGGGGCCCCACAAGGGUGCGUUUUGAGCCCUCUACUGUACUCCCUGUUCACCCACGACUGCGUGGCCACGCACGCCUCCAACUCAAUCAUCAAGUUUGCGGACGACACAACAGUGGUAGGCUUGAUUACCAACAACGACGAGACGGCCUACAGGGAGGAGGUGAGGGCCCUCGGAGUGUGGUGUCAGGAAAAUAACCUCACACUCAACGUCAACAAAACUAAGGAGAUGAUUGUGGACUUCAGGAAACAGCAGAGGGAACACCCCCCUAUCCACAUCGAUGGAACAGUAGUGGAGAGGGUAGUAAGUUUUAAGUUCCUCGGCGUACACAUCACAGACAAACUGAAUUGGUCCACCCACACAGACAGCAUCGUGAAGAAGGCGCAGCAGCGCCUCUUCAACCUCAGGAGGCUGAAGAAAUUUGGCUUGUCGCCAAAUGCACUCACAAACUUCUACAGAUGCACAAUCGAGAGCAUCCUGUCGGGCUGUAUCACCGCCUGGUACGGCAACUGCUCCGCCCACAACCGUAAGGCUCUCCAGAGGGUAGUGAGGUCUGCACAACGCAUCACUGGGGGCAAACUACCUGCCCUCCAGGACACCUACACCACCCGAUGUCACAGGAAGGCCAUAAAGAUCAUCAAGGACAGCAACCACCCGAGCCACUGCCUGUUCACCCCGCUAUCAUCCAGAAGGCGAGGUCAGUACAGGUGCAUCAAAGCUGGGACCGAGAGACUGAAAAACAGCUAUCUCAAGGCCAUCAGACUGUUAAACAGCAACCACUAACAUUGAGUGGCUGCUGCCAACACACUGACUCAACUCCAGCCACUUUAAUACUGGGAAUUGAUGGGAAAUGAUGUAAAAUAUAUCACUAGCCACUUUAAACCAUGCUACCUAAUAUAAUGUUUACAUACCCUACAUUAUUCAUCUCAUAUGUAAACGUAUAUACUGUACUCUAUAUCAUCUACUGCAUCCUUAUGUAAUACAUGUAUAACUAGCCACUUUAACUAUGCCACUUUGUUUACAUACUCAUCUCAUAUGUAUAUACUGUACUCAAUACCAUCUACUGUAUCUUGCCUAUGCCGCUCUGUACCAUCACUCAUUCAUAUAUCCUUAUGUACAUAUUCUUUAUCCCCUUACACUGUGUAUAAGGUAGUAGUUUUGGAAUUGUUAGCUAGAUUACUUGUUGGUUAUUACUGCAUUGUCGGAACUAGAAGCACAAGCAUUUCGCUACACUCGCACUAACAUCUGCUAAUCAUGUGUAUGUGACAAAUAAAAUUUGAUUUGAUUUUAAA